UCGUGCGACAUUGUACUAUGGUGAGUAUGAUUAUCGAAUAAAUGUCUCGAUUUCUUCCAACUCACUAUGAGAUCUGAUAGAUAAUCUGGGGCUAUUAUUAGUUAAAUAAUAUAAAUUGUAUAUCUGUAAUUGAAGAUUUUCAACGGAAAUGUCAAUUGAAGAAAUAUCCAUUGGUAACGAAUUGAAGGAUGGGUUUAAACCCACAUCAAAAUGGAUUAAUAAUGGAAUUAAUUUCUUAAGUGAUAUUGAAGAAUUCUAUCGAGAAAGAGGAGCUCUUGAAAAGGAACAUGCUGAAAAAUUGAAAUUAUUAUGUAAAAAGUAUUUUGAUAAGAAAUCUAAAUUAUCUGCUUCAUUAUCAGUUGGUGAUAAUCCAAUUAUUACCCCUGGUUCAUUAGAAAGUGCAUCAUUAGUAUUAUGGACAGAUGUUUUAACUCAAACUGAAGCAAUUGCUGAUGAAAAGAUUCAAUUUAAUAGACAAUUAAAUACUAGUAUUGGAGAUAAUUUAAAUACUUUAAAAGUUAAAACCAAUAAAAUUAGUAAACAAAUUGAAGGAAUUAAUGAAUUUUUAACUAAUGAAAAACAAAAAAUUGAUGAUGAAGUAAUUAAAUCAAAAAAGCAUUAUGAUACAUUAUGUCAAUCUACUGAAUCAGCUCGUGAUAAAAGUGAAAAAUCUGCUAGUGAUAAAUAUAAGAAAAGAUUAGAAGAUAAAACAAUUGAAAUGAAUAUUGGUAAGAAUGAUUAUUUAUUAAAUAUUUAUGUGGCUAAUACAUUAAAGAAGAAAUAUUAUUACGAAGAUAUACCUGAAUUACUUGAUUAUUAUCAAGAAUUAAAUGAGAUAAGAGUUGGAUUAGUUAAUAAAAUUUUAAAAAAUGCUUGUAUUAUUGAACGUAAUACUUGUGAUAAAAUUAAAGAAAAAUUACAUAGUAUUGAUGAAACAAUUGAUCAAAAUAAUCCUCGAUUAGAUACAACUAUGUAUAUUAAACAUAAUUUAUCUGAUUGGAAAGAAUCAGCUGACGUUCAAUUUAUUCCAAGUUCAAUUUGGCAUGAUGAUGAUGAAUUAAUUACCACUGGACCAGAAUUAAAUAUAUUAAAAAGAAAAUUAAAUGAAGCAUCAAAUGAAUAUGCAAAACUUGAACAAAGAUGUAUUGAUUCAAAACAAAAAUUAGAAGAAUCAACUGGAUCUCGUAAAACUGAUCCUGCAAGUUUAAAUUUAAAAUUUGAUGGUCCCUUAUAUACAUCAUUAUCAAUUUUACAAACAUUUUUAAAAGAUGAUAAUUUACGAGUUAAACGUGAUGUUGAAAUGCAAAUUAUUGAGAAAUUCGCUGGUGAUCAAGAUUUAUCUUAUGUAGAACAACAUAAACAAAAGAAAUCAAGAUUUGGAAUAUUUAAAUCAUCAGGAGGAUCAAAGAAAUCAUCUGGUGAUAAUAAUAUUUCAAUACCAGAUAAUGCAUCUGAUGCUCAAUCUUUACAUACAGUUAAAACAAAUAAUAGUCAUCAUACAACUAAUUCUCGAUUCUUUAGUUUAAGAAGAAAUAGAGGUCAAUCAAUAUCAUCAUCAAUAGCUGAUAGUACAACUUCAGGAGGUUUAAGAGGUAAAGUAACAUAUGCAUUCCAAUCAACUGGAGGUGAUACUUUAUCAAUUAAUGUAGGAGAAACUUUUAAUGUACUUGAAGAAGAUACUGAUGGAUCAGGAUGGACUGAAGUUAGAAUGGAUACUGGGCAAGAAGGGUUAGUUCCUACUGCAUAUAUUGAAAUUAUUCAUGAUUAUCAAUCAUCUACAAUUCCAGUACAACGAGGUUCAAUAUCAAGUAAUGGAGAUAGUAAGAAAAAGGGUCCUGCAGUUGCUCCUAGAAGGGGUGCAAAAAAGAUUCAAUAUAUUGAAGCUUUAUAUGAUUAUGUAGCUGAUGGAGAUGAUGAAAUAAGUAUUAAUGCUGGUGAUAAGAUCACAUUAAUAGAAGAUGAUAUUGAUGGAUGGACAAAGGGAGAAAUUAACGGAUCUACUGGAGUAUUUCCAUCUAGUUAUGUAAGGAAAAUAUAGAAAGAAACAUACUAAGACUGUAUAAAUAAUAAAAUAAAUGAUAACAAUAAUAAUAUCUACGAAUUAAUGGCAAAUUCUAAAUUUCCGAAUUUUUUUAUUAAAGAUUUUUAUAUACGUAUAUAUAUAUAAAAGUAUUUUGGUUUGGGAUGGUUGGUUAGUUAUGUAUGAAGAAUGUAUGCUUCAGAGAACAUAUGAAAUUGAUAAAAAUGUGAAAUAAUAAACCCCAAACUAGGAUCAUUUAUCAUUAUUAUUAUUAUUAUGUGAUUUACACAUAAAAUAUGAAAGAAACUGAAAUGGUA